CUCCGCUCCUGCAGGGGGCGCUGUGCCGCGCUCCCCCCCUACGUCUCGUUGGUUCCGGUGCCGCGUGUCGCUGGUUCCGGUGGCGGCCGCGGAGCGGGAGCGGCCCCGGGAGCGGCCCCGGGAGCGGCCCCGGCGCCGCCAUGUGGUUCAUGUACGUGCUCAGCUGGCUGUCCCUGCUCGUGCAGGUGGCCUUUGUCACCUUGGCCAUCGCGGCCGGGCUCUACUACCUGGCGGAGCUGAUCGAGGAGUACACGGUGGCCACCAGGAGGAUCAUCAAAUCCAUGAUCUGGUUCUCCUCGGCCGUGCACGUGGGGCUGUUCCUGUUCGAGCAAUUCCCGGCGCUGCUGGUGGCCACGGGGCUCUUCAGCAACCUGGUGUACGUGGGGCUGCUGCAGAGCUUCCCCUGCCUGGCGCUCGGCUCCUCCAACUUCCUCCUCUCCUGCGUUCUGGUCGUGCUCAAUCACUACCUGGCAUUCCAAUAUUUUGCUGAGGAAUUUUACCUUUUCUCCGAGGUCCUGGCUUAUUUCACCUUCUGCCUGUGGUUGAUUCCCUUCGCCUUCUUCGUGUCGCUCUCGGCCGGGGAGAACGUCCUGCCCUCCACGGUGCAGCCCGGAGACGACGUCGUCUCCAAUUAUUUCACCAAGGGGAAAAGAGGGAAACGCUCCGGGAUUCUCCUGAUUUUCUCCUUUAUCAAGGAAGCCAUCCUGCCCAGCCGGCAGAAAAUCUACUGAAAUUCGGGAAUAUUUGGGAAUAUUUGGGAAUAUCCACAAGAUCCCCCAUGCGGAAUAUCCCAAAUUUUGCCUCUUCCCGCCGGGAAUUCUUUGGGAAUUCAGAGACUUGGACACUCCUGGAGGUGCCGACCGCGCUUGGGGCUUUCCCUGCUGAUUCUUCUCGGGAAUGUUUCCGUGGAAAAUCUUGGGAAUUUGGGGAUUUUCCCAGUUCCCUGCGGGGUUGUUUUUGGAGCUGCUCCUGGAUUUUUCCUGAGGGUUCGACAAAGCCAUGAAUUAAAAAAAAAAAAAAAAAGGGGAAAAAUCGGGAUUCGACGCUGUCCCUUCAUCCCGUUUUUCCAGAGGGAAUGAUCCCAAAAAAAAAUUUAAAAAAAUCAGGAUUUGGGCGGUUUCAAUCCUGGAAAUUCCCGUUUUUUCCCUCCAGCAAAGCCUUGGGAAGGAGUUGAUGGGAAGGGAUUUUCCGUGGGAAUCUCGGUUUUCCAGGGAAUUCCCAAAAUUCCGGAUUUUUCUGAUCCUACAGACCAAGGGGAAUGUUGAGAAUUCCCAGAUUUUUCCUUCCUCCUUUUCCAAAGGGUGAAAAUCCUCCGAGGGAACUGCAAAUUUCUUCUUGCCCAUGAGAAAAUUCCUGGGUUUUUGAUUUUUUUCCGGAUUUUUCCAUUCCCACCUCAGCCAGGUUUGGGAAUUCCUGAUCCAGAGGAUUUUUGGAGGAAUUUCCAAAAAAAAUUCCUUUGGAAAAGCUGGAAUUUUCCUCCAAGACCUCUUGGAUUGGGGUUUUCUCUUGGUUUUUUUUUAUUUUUUUUUUAAAUUUUUUCCCCUCUGGAAAAUUCCAGGAUGGGAAUGAGGAAAAUCAGGAAUUCCUGAUUCCUUUCAAUCCUGAUUUUCCUGGGAAUUUUUUUUUCCAGCUGCUUUCCCAUAUUUUUCUAGCCUGGAUUUCCAGGAGCUGAAUGAGAUUUUAGGGAAAUUGUGAAAUUCCAUAAAUAUUUAACCAGGAAUAGGAAAUUCGGGAUGAAACCCCCGGAAAUUUGGGAAAAAACAUUCCCAGAACCACCGGGAAUGCGGGAAAUUUAUGAAUAAAGUGGAAAAAUCCUGGA